AUGGCACUGCCCCCGCUAUAUCCGUUGGGAAAACGGAAGUCCCUCCCCAAUGCCGGAAGUGCAGCGGCCUUACUUCCUCAGAGUCUCCCCAGACGCGGAGUAGAUUGGUUUCCGGCCCCGGGUGGGCGCGGACUUGGUUCAGUGCGCGCUCCGGAGCUGCGUCCCGGGAGCGCAGUCCCGCGGGCCGCUUGCACGGGGAUCCGGGACUGCGGCCGCGCGAGGAGAGCGCCGAUCCGGGUGCAAGGCAAGUGCAAGGCCAUGAACGGCACGGCGAACCCGCUGCUGGACCGUGAAGAGCACUGCCUGCGGCUCGGGGAGAGCUUCGAGAAACGGCCGCGGGCCUCCUUCCACACUAUUCGCUACGAUUUUAAGCCAGCAUCGAUAGACACUUCCUGUGAAGGAGAGCUUCAGGUUGGCAAAGGAGAUGAAGUGACCAUUACGCUGCCACACAUCCCUGGGUCCACACCGCCAAUGACGGUGUUCAAAGGGAACAAACGGCCUUAUCAGAAAGACUGUGUGCUCAUCAUUAACCACGACACUGGAGAGUAUGUCCUGGAGAAGCUUAGCAGCAGCAUUCAGGUCAAGAAGACAAGAGCUGAGGGAAGCAGCAAAAUCCAAGCCCGAAUGGAACAGCAGCCUACUCGUCCCCCCCAGCCCCCACAGCCGUCACAGCCAUCACAACCGCCCCCUCCACCUCCACCCAUGCCGUUCCGAGCCCCGACGAAGCCUCCAGCUGGACCCAAAACUUCUCCCUUGAAGGAUAACCCCUCACCUGAGCCCCAGCUGGAUGACAUCAAAAGAGAGCUAAGGGCUGAGGUGGACAUUAUUGAGCAGAUGAGCAGCAGCAGUGGGAGCAGUUCCUCCGACUCUGAGAGCUCCUCAGGAAGUGACGACGACAGCUCCAGCAGCGCAGGCGAGGACAAUCGCCCAGCCUCUCCUCCCCAGCCUUCACAACAGCAGCCCUACAAUAGCAGGCCUGCAGUGGCCAAUGGAACCAGCCGGCCCCAAGGAAGCUCUCAGCUCAUGAACACACUCAGAAAUGACCUGCAGCUAAGUGAGUCUGGCAGUGACAGUGAUGACUAGCACCAGGCUUUUGAAAUCUGCUUUCUGGUACGUGAACACAUGCUGCAAGACCCAGCUUCUUCUGCUGGGACCGCAUGCCACAGGAGGAUGUUGCGGAUCAGAGCCAAUAGGAGUGAAGGCCUGGAAGCACUCAGAUACUCAGUCUUUAACUUGGUGGUGGUGGGUGAUUUUUCUCAUGUAAUUUUUGAACAAUCUCUUGAUUCAGAGUUUAAGUAUAUCUAUAGGAGAACUAACAGAAUUCUGUUUAAUUUGGUUAACAUUGUUAAUGAAAAACAGACCAAUGUACCCUGGUUUAGGAUACUCAAAGUCUGUAUCUUCUUAGGCCAGUAAGUCAGCAACCCUCAGUUCGGCUGGGUGGUCUCUACCAGGAAACUUACAAGUCUUUUGAGGGCAUGGAAAGCAAAGAGAUCCUCAAAUUGUGUCAUAGAAAUACAGUAAGACCACUUUACAGUGUUGAUACAAAGUGGUAAGGAAGUUUUUGUGACCUAGUUUGACAAGACCAUAGAAGAUGGCCUUGGCAGAGUCUUUGGGUCAGUUGGGGUGUGUGUGUGUAUGUGUGUGUGUGUGUGCUGGAGCUCCAAUAGCUCAGUCCAGCACAGCUAGGAAAAGGGAAGCACACAGCCAGGAGCGGCCAGUCACCUGUCCCUGGGCAAGCUUGCUCACUACUUCCUCUUUUGAGUUACACUUGCUGGCUUCAGAUUCUUUUACAUGGAACUUGCUAUUGGAUUCCAAAAGACAAAAGCAUUGCUGGCAUUCAACUUGGAUUCAGGCUCAGGCAGUUCCAGCACAUUUGAGACAGAGCGAGCAGAUACAAUAGCAGCCGCCAUGCUGAUACACAGCCUCAGCUCAUCUGAGGCUUUCACUUUCAUGCGGAUCCAUCCUAAGGUUGUUCUUCAUUCCAAGGAUGUGAGGAGGGUAGGAAUCAAAGAGGGAUGUAGUGGGAAACCUCUGAGCAGAUUAACCUGCAGCAGUCCUCCACAAUGAGAAUCCUGACAGGAGUGCAGCAGUAUGGAGCCGUCUUUGGAAGCUCCAUUUGCUUUUGUGCCACUGUUUGUGCCUGCCUCCCAGUCUGAUGGGCUAUUUUUAUAGAAGAGAAUCACAAGAUUGCCUUUUGCCGUGUGCCAUUUCCAAGUGAAUGUUCUUGCUGGAAACUGGUCGCUAGUCAGUGUUCCACUUUGAGGAAGUAUGUGGUGACUUGUGUGUCACUGCCCAUCUCUGUAGUCUGAAUGAAUAUAUCCUAGGAAAUCCCUGUCUUUGCUUUAAGAUAUUAAUAAUGCUGUUCUUUCCUCGGGUUUCUCCACUCACCCCUUUCCUCCUCUGCUAGUGGAGGAAGGUGGUCUGGACCUAAAAAGGAAAUGAAUGGUCCAUGGUGGGGCCUUAGGUCAUAUAGGUCAACUAUGCAGUCAACGCAUCAUAUAGAUCAACUGUUUGAUCCACACAGAGGCUGAAGUGAGCUGAGAUGGGGUAGAGGCCGUUGCCCAGCAGCACGUCGUACCUUGUGCUCAAUCUCAGCCCACUGGGAGAUGCUCAAUGGGUCCCGUAGCAGGUGGGAACCUAUUUAUAGCAAACUGAUAGUUGCUUUAUAAUUCUUUGGAAAUGAUAGCUCAGGGAAGGUGGAGGUUAUGAUUGGGUGACUUGGAUUGUCACUAGAUGUGGGAAUUGAGUUGUUUUACUGCUCUUAACCUGUUCAAACUGUGGCAGGUUCCAAGAACUUGAACUAAAAAUGCCUAUUUGAGUCUCCCCUUGCCCUGCUUUUCUCCAAAAGCCUUGGUUUGUAUAGACAGAACUGUGGCGUUGGCAUGCUAGUCUCAGUGACUGUUGCCAUAGGAAGUACUUGCAUGUGGCACUUGGCUUGAUAACUCGAGCUUUCUGUGCCUCAGACUACCCAGUCACCUGGCCUACCCAGCACCACACAUCACUUUGUAGAUGGCUCCAGUUUUUGCUCUCUGCACAAAUCCUUCACUGGCUCUUUCUGCUUCCCCCUCCAGAGUAAGAAAGCUAUUUUGGAAAUCUAGAAUGUAGUCUCCCAGAUAGCUUCUCAGGGGUUUCCUUGUGCCAACCAAAGGACUCCCUGUCACUGUGCCUUUGCUGUCCCCUCCUCUUUACCUACUCUAAACCUCUCUCCAGAGCUGCUCAGGCACUAUUUCACAAACUCUUCAUUUCUUUCAACAUAUGGGUAUGCCCUGGUGUGUGUACAAACUACUGUUCUACCUACCUGGUCUUUGGUAUUAGCGCCUCAAAAGCAGGGACUAUCAUCACGGAACUAGACAUGCAGAUGCUCCUACUCUGGGAACUAGACAUGCAGGUGCUCCUGCUCUGGUUGGGGAAGAUACAGAGACAACUACUGGUGAAGGAUGGAGGGUAAAUAUAGGGAAACAUUCCAGGCAUUGAGACAAAGCUAGAAAUAUGUACACAAUGCCCAUGCAAGUCUCUACUGAGUCUGUAAAUUAUCUUUUAUUUGCUCUAUGCAAUGUUCACUUGGGUGAGGUGGAUAGACUAAUUCUACAGAGAUGCCAUGGCAAUCCUAUGAAAAACAUUGGGAAAAUGCAAUACAGAUAAACUAGAGAUUUGUAAUAAUGCCACUUGUUAGUUUAUUUCUGUAGCAGGAUAAUUUUCUCUGUGGGUGGUAUGCUGUAGUAAUAGGGAAACUUGAAAAUUCCAAAGUCCUUCCCUUUUUUGAGAGACUGGUUAGUGUGUGUGUGUGUGUGUGUGUGUGUGUGUACACGUAUGUGUGUUCAUGUGUGAUAUUUAUUAAUUAUUUUAAAAGAGAAUUGUUUUGUAGAUAUGUAUUAAGAACAGCCAAACUGGAUCUUUCCACUUGGCAAGGAACAUAAACUUUUUGAAACUCAGGCCUUAACCAGUAGCUUGGAAGACCAACUCAAGUGUUAGGAACUGUGUGUUUUUGUUUCUUGUUAUUUCUGUCUUAGAUUCCUUGUGUCCUUUAAUGAUAUUUAAAAUCUUGUGCCUAAAAAUUUAUUUUGCUUAAUUCUGAUGUAGACAUGCA